UUGUCCCCCCCCCCCCAUGGUCCUGAGGUGAGCAGGGGGCACAGUGAGGUGGACAGAGGAGGAGGAGUAUAUCUGAUGGACGUGAGUCCUCAGCCGGUCUCUUCUUCUCCUCCAUCUCAGCCAGCAGCAUUGCCCCCCCCCCCGCCCACCCGGAGCCCCUGCCCCUCCGGCUACACCUCCUGGUACUCCAGCUGCUACCGGCUGGUGGAGGAGGCAGCGUCCUGGGAAAAGGCCCGGGCGGCCUGCAGGGACCAGGGGGGGGACCUGGCCAGCAUCGAUAUGAGCUACGACCAGGCCUUCGUAGCCGGGGCCGUCCUGCAGGGGAGGGCCGACGCCUGGAUAGGACUCCGGAGAGAGGAGGACGGCUCGUACGGCUGGUCGGACGGCUGGCCGGUGUUCUUUACCCAGUGGGGGCCCGGGGAGCCCAGCACCGUGGCGGGCGAGGGCUGCGUGAGCAUGCACGCCGCCGCCCGCUUCCACGGGACCUGGAACGACACCGGAUGCGAACAGGCCAAAGCCUACAUCUGCAAGAUCACCUCAGAUAAGCCCCCGCCCACCCCCAGCCCCGGUGACGGGAAGUGCCUCCCGUUCUGGGUCCCGUACGGGCGCCACUGCUACGCCGUGUACGACGGGCAGCAGGGCUACUCCUGGCCGGACGCCCGCCACUUCUGCCAGUCGCUGCGCACCGAUCUGGCCUCCGUCCACAGCCGGGCGGAGCAGGAGUUCCUCCGGACCCUCAACUACACCGCCAACCACCACGUCUGGAUCGGCCUCACCAGGGACCGAAACUGUGAGUGUGCGCCGGACCCCCGGCGGGUCAAAGGUCACCGCCACUUAACUCACUGA